GAAUCGCGCUACUUGGGCGGUGGCUUCUAUAUUCGUCUGUUUUCCACUAUAACUCAGUCAAUCUUGAACCAAUUGACACAAUUCUUGGAAUGCGGUGAGAUAGGUAUAGUAUCUACCCGUGUACAAAAUUUCAAGUCAAUCGGUUCAAAAUUGACCGAGUUACAGUGGAAAACAGACGAAAAUAACAGACGAAGAAAACCACCGCCCAAGUAGUGCGAUACCCUAUUUGCACAAGCAGUUACCAUUGCCGAAAAACCGUUCAAGAAAAACACCAGCUACCAAUCAGGAAGUACUGUAUUGGUUGAAGAUACGUUGUCAGCUCCUUUGUUGAAUUAUGGUACAGGGGAUCGUUGUUUUUGUCCAAAAGAGAUAAUUCACAAUGGGAUUCGAUUUAGAAAGCACUGCGUUGUUGCAAUCCAUGAAGAUGAGGAAAGUGGUCUACCUAGUUUUGGAGAAAUUCAGGAGAUACUCGUGAUUAAAAACGUGGUCCAACUUUUGAUCACAUCGUGGGAAACUGUUGAUUUCGAUGAAAUUCUUCAGGCAUACUUGGUAGAUAACAAACAACAGUAUUUGUUGAUUGAUUUAACAAAAGUACAUCGCCACACGACGUUUUCAUUUUGGAAGAAAUAUAAUGAUGAUACCCAUUACGUUUCACGUAAAAUUUACAAUGACGACUUUUAAAACGUAUGAUAUCAACAGACGCCGAGGGAAUUGAAGACAUGGAAACGUUCACGAUGCUGGACGAAACAGAUUUCAACAGGCUGCAUCUCAACACCGGUCAAAGAAAAAAAAUUCAAAAAUUUCAAAGGAUGACUCGUGGCAAUCCAAAAGACGCGACAGAAGAGCCGGCAGAACCCGUUGAUUACGAAGAGGUCGAAUAUAUUGAGCAAGACGAAACGUCUGUAUCACUGGAAAAGGAAUUUGACAUCGAUUUGAUAUUCCAGCAGACAGAAGAUGGUCGUGCCAUAAUCGAAUCAUUGAAAGAGCAACACUCGGUUACGCAUAGCUUGGUCACUUCGAUUACCAAAGUACUCGGCGAAUACCUCAUCUACCGGUUUGGCUACCAUCCAAGUGUGCAUCACAAGGACGUCGUUGCCAAAUCAUUGGUAAGCAAAUACCCAGUUCUAAAAUCCGAGAGUGCCGAUGUCCCUCAGGCUGUGUGGUUUUACCCAAACGGCAGAGGAUACGGUAAACACGGAGGCAAGCUGCAUUACCAUAUCGAAUAUAUGGUGAAGAAAGAUAAGAAGCAGGUUCGUCACAGCAAAGCCGUUGCUGAUGCGGCCCAAGAACUAAGCAGCAGUUCCGAUCCAACAACCAGCAGUGGCGAGAGCGAUUCGACGGAUUUGGCUGACACAAUCAAUAAACUAAAAUUCGUCGUACCAUCGAAGGAAUCUUACAAAAUCAUUCGAAAUGAUUGGAUUAAAACUAUGACGAUGCGCAACGAAAUCAGACAGAAGAAUCCAGGUUCAUAUGACGAACUGAUCGAAAUGUUCCCCCUGUCGACGUCGUUCGACGGACUGCUGAUCGAUCUGGACUUCGUUGAAAUGUUUCCAUCUGCAACCAACGGCAUUGAAGAUUGGAAUGCUUUGCAGGAUAAAAUCGUGCAGAAAUUCAAUCAUUUGCAGACAACAGUUUGUGAUCAUUUUAUUCGCUCGCUCCUCAUCAUCAGAGAGAAAAAUCCGUCACGUGGCGUCAAACGUGUGAACAAAGGAUCUCAGAAAAUCGUCAACCUACUCGAGAGAGUCGUGGAAUGGAUAAAUCCGGAAGAUGACAUUGACCAGUUUGCUGCGGGUUAUCGGGCAACGGACAGUCCUGUCCUUAUAAUUAAAGGGCCAAUGUACAGUGCAGGUGAAACGUACAUCCGGAUCGGGAAACGAGUAUUUACAAGCGGAUCCGAAAUUCAGAACGGCUUUUUCACCAUGAUCAAAGCACAUUAUUUUUUCCAUCUCAAAUUCGAACCAUCUCUUUCCAAUUUUUACUCUUUUUUCCUGUCAGAAGUGUUUCACGUAGCAAAGCCAUCUACCACUGUUAAUGGUUUUAUGUUGCAGCUUAAAUGAGCUUGAUUUCAAGCCAAAAGUUGACAUGCAGCAAUGAUAAUUUUAAGAAAAAAAUCGUAGAGAAAAAAAAAUCGUUCAUUUAAAAAAAGUUCAUUUUAUUUUUAGAAGGAAACCCCCAAAGGGGCUAUUUUUUCUUAGCUGGAAAAUUUCAAAUACGACUAAGAGGCCGGCAUAUUCGUCUUUUGUGCUUUUAAACGAAGCUUUUGGCGAUUACGUAAGCCUAAAAUCAGGGUAUUUGGAAUUUUCCAACUUGAAAUCAAAGCCGCUAUUCCCAAAAAAUAGAAUCUCAGCUUUACUGAUCAUCCAGCAAACUGCAAAUUUGCUGGAAUACCAGCAAACUUAUUUUAGAAUCGUUUACUGAUUAAUCAGCAAAUCUGAAUGCGUUUUGCUGAUUAUUCAGCAAUGCAUCUGUCAAAUCUACUUCGCGUCAAAUUGCUGAUUAACCAGCAAAUUUAAUUUCGGGUUACUGGUUGUUCAGCAAACCAUCUGUCAACCGAUGACAAUUCGUGUUGCUGAAUGAUCCAGCAAACAUUUUAUUGCUGAUUGAAUUGCUGAAUUUACAGCACGCCAAAAAUCAGCAAAACUUUGCUGGAUUCCAGCAAUAAAAAUUUGG